GGUAACCGUUGGUAACGUUUGUGAUGUCAUUCUUGUAGCGUGAAUUAUUAGGAAGAAAUGUGAAGCAGACUUUCUAAUUUUCAUACAUUAAUAACACUAGUGCACUAGUUUGUUGCAUCAUAAACCCCAUAAACAAUCAAAAUCAGCCUGUAGUUGACUUUGUCGUAUUAUGCAUUAGAAACCAAAAUAAGUAGCUAUGGGCACUUUUUGCGUGCUGUCGUGACACUUUUUAAUAUGAAAUUAUUAGUAUAACUUUUAAUUUUGUUACUGUGAAUGUAAAUAAGCAGUCAUGUUUCGAAGUAGAAGUUGGUUUGGUAGCGGACUGUGGAAACCCAAAAAUCCACAUUCUUUGGAACAUUUGAAGUACCUGUAUAAUGUCUUGGCAAAGAAUCAGAUCGUAUCGGAGAACAACCGUGGACUCUUGGUUGAAACACUGAGAUCUAUUGCAGAAAUACUCAUCUGGGGUGACCAAAAUGAUAGUAGUGUUUUUGACUUCUUUUUGGAGAAAAAUAUGCUUUCAUUCUUCUUCAAGAUAAUGAAGCAGAAAUGUGGCAGCUAUGUAUGUGUUCAGUUACUGCAGACAUUGAACAUACUUUUUGAAAACAUUCGGAAUGAAACUUCUCUCUACUAUCUCCUGAGUAAUAACCACGUCAAUUCUAUAAUCGUGCAUAAGUUUGAUUUCUCAGAUGAAGAAGUGAUGGCCUACUACAUCUCAUUUCUUAAAACUCUAUCUCUGAAGUUAAAUGCCCAUACGAUCCACUUUUUCUAUAAUGAGCAUACAAAUGACUUCCCAUUAUAUACUGAGGCAAUCAAAUUCUUCAACCAUCCAGAAAGUAUGGUGCGCAUUGCUGUGCGAACAUUGACACUUAAUGUGUAUCGGGUGGAGGACAAAUCCAUGCUCAAGUUUAUCCGUGAUAAAACAGCUGCCCCAUACUUUUCUAAUUUGGUAUGGUUCAUUGGCAACCACAUUCUGGAAUUGGAUACCUGUGUUCGCAAUGAUGCAGAUCACCAGAGUCAAAACCGAUUGUCAGACUUAGUUGCGGAGCAUCUGGACCAUCUGCACUACCUGAAUGACAUUCUUAGUCUGGAUAUUGAAGAUCUGAACCAGGUGCUAACAGAUCACCUGCUUAACAAACUCCUUAUACCUCUGUAUGUUUAUUCACUCACCAAACGCAGACGCCACUCUCAACUGGAGGACACAAAGCCUCAUGUGAGUAGCGUGGUGUCACUAUUCCUGUUGUCACAAGUGUUCCUCAUCAUCACACAUGUGCCUCUGGUUUACGUUCUGGCAUCUAUCAUCCUUACUGGUGACAUGGACAUCUUUUCCCAGGGAGCAUCUGAGAACCUUGUUUCAUACCGUGUGGCACAGGGCACAGCAACAAUCAAGCCUGGCUUUGUGGCUCCAACAGAAACACUGGAAAAGUCACUGGAGAGUAGCACCACUUGCUCAAUAGAUUCGACAGAGCAUGAAACUCCCCAACAUGCUGAAUGUGAGACAGGAAUGGACACACAAGUAGGAGAUUCAGAGCCAUCUGCUGUUGCUGAAGAUGGAACAGUGGAUUCCAUAGAAGCAUAUGUCAACAUUACAGAUGAGGAGAAGGAACAGCGGCUUGCUCUUGAGAGUGGUGUUGCACCACCAUUGCCUUUGGCUGGUACUUCAUCUGGUAAUAGCUCUCAGCAACAGUUUUUGGCAAAUAAACCAUUUCUGGAGAUGAUCGUCAACACAUUGCAGUGCUCCGAAAAUGACUAUGCAGCUCUGUUUGCUCUUUGUCUCCUGUACGCUCUUGGACACAACCCAGGUGUAAACAGAGAUCUGCUGGAUGGAAUUCUCUUUCUGUCGGGUAGAGAGAGUACUAAGCACUGGUACAGUACACUGUUAGCAGAGAGGCUCAUCAGGAUUAUAUCAACUAGUUGCCAGCCAAAUUGUCGAGUACGUCUUGUUACAUUAGAGCUGAGUAUCCGACUAUUGACACAGUUGGUCAUGAAAAAUGGUCAAAGUUACCUUCAUGAUGCUCACCUGGCUGCUGUUGAGGGCGCUAAAGAGGAAAGCACGUGCCUUCUUCGCAACUUCUACAAGAGUGAAGAAAUAUUCCUGGACAUGUUUGAGGACGAAUACAGUGAGAUGCAGAAGCGACCUCUUAAUGUUGAGUGGUUGAUGAUGGAUUCCAACAUCUUGCUACCUCCUACAGGGACUCCGAUGACAGGCAUUGAAUUCAGCAAACGAUUGCCUUGUGGAGAGGUGGAGAGAGCCCGGCGUGCUAUACGUGUGUUUUUCUUGAUUCGGGAGCUGUCCCUGAUGUUGGCAAUGGAGCCAGAGACACAACUGCCGUUAACCAAUCCCCAGUCCUGUGUUCAUGUCAACAAUGUAUUGGAUCUCAAUAACAGUGACUUGAUAGCAUGUACAGUGGCAACCAAGGAAGGCUCAAAGAUUCGUCGCUUCCUUGUGAUAGAUGUGAUCCAGUUGAUUCUGGUAGAGCCUGAUACACGCCGGCUUGGUUGGGGUGUUGCCAAAUUUGUUGGCUUUCUGCAGGACAUUGAAGUGACAGGAGAUAAGGACGACUCUCGCUGUCUCCAUAUCACAAUUCAUCGUCCAUUGCCAUCUGGCUCAUCUACCAAUCGUGUGCCAUUACUUUCAGCGCGCUUCAUCUUUGAUGAUCAUAUUCGUUGUAUGGCAGCAAAGCAGAGAUUGACAAAGGGUCGUAUCAAGGCUCGGCAGAAGAAGAUGCAUAUGAUUGCACGAUUGCUAGACCUGCCAAGUAAUGUCCAGCCCUGUCCCUCACCACCGGCAUACACUGUGCUGGCGCACCGACAUUCUGAUGGAACAAACUCACGCAGUCGCCUGGCUCGAGAACCUGGUCACCAUCGUCCAUUGUUUACUGCAAAUAAUAAGGUUCCUGGUUUUGCCACUGUGGCCAUGAGGAGAGAGAGCCUGCCUCCUGGGAGAAUGGCAUCCCCUGCCAAAAUACGUUCAGACUCACAAGAACGUCAUGCUCGUAAUGGACAUGUGGUUCGAUCUCGAGAAGGGUCCCCAAGACUGCCUCGUCCACGAAGUGAGGAAAUACCAUUGGAAGACAUGGGGUCAAAGCACAAACCUCGAAGUGGUGUUAGUGGUACACCCAGUCCUCCUACAGAAGUGAAUAAUGGGGCAUCACAGUUUCCACUGAAGCGACCUUCUUUUCCGAGCUUGUAUCCACCAGCUCCAGUUGGAACCCCAGAGCCUCCAUCACCUGUUGCAGUAUCAACACUAGAGUCCCAAGUGGCAGAAGUGGAGACUGAGAGACCCCCUGCGCCACCUUCGGAAGAGACGUCCUUUACUCAGAUGCCCUUUGAGAAUGGAGUAUUAGAUAAGGAAGACAGAAAGACCCGCAGGAGAGGAAUGGUAGAAACAGUGUGACAAACCCAUGUUUAGUUGAAAAAGAAACUUGUUCAAAACUAUUUGACAUUAGGGAGGUAUAUAAGCCACAUUUAUUUUUCCAUAUUGGUGAUCUGCUCUUAGUGUUAGGUUUGGGUGACUAUACAAACAGUGACUUCAUAUCAAAGGAAUCUGGUAUGAUCAUUUUUCACACAUUUACAUAUUUUUCUCCCCAUCCCUCCAUUUAUUUUACUCAUAAAGUGUUAGGGAGGAAUAUCUUUCUAUAAUAUUAACAUUAUUUGAAAGUGAAAUCAGUAAGAUAAAAGAAAUUAACAGUAAUAUGAAGAGUAUGGUCUUCUUGGUUGUAAUACCACAUAUUUCAGAGAGAACCCCAAGUUUCAGAGGAAAAUUGCCUGUUUUCAGGAUUGAAGAUAGAGCCAAGCCAGAAACCCACAGAAGCAGGCGGCAAGCUUCUUGUCUGGUUUUGCUAGUUUGGAGGCAAUGUGUUGCUCUGAAAUGUCUGGCUGUCUCAAGGCUACACAGCAUUACAACCCAGUACACUGUACUCAUCACAAUCACUGCAACAAGAACUUCAAAACCAAAAAACUAAGAUUAGUCUAACAUGCCCGUGGCUUAAAUUAAGACAUUUUUGUAUGAUUCUGGGGUGGGCAGUUCCUAUACAUACAAAGUAAGCACAAUUAGUGUAUUGUCAUUAAGAUACACAUUUACUUUCACACAAAAAAUCAAUGGUUAUUCCACCCUGCACGCUCAAGUUCGUACUCCUCACUGAAUAUGCAAAAUUGUAUCUCUUUGGGAAGUGUAACAAAAUAUUGGUAUCAGCCAGCUUCCUUCAAGAAGUUUUGAAAAUUGUUUAAUUUAUUUAUAACUGUACAUAUUAAUAAGUAUUUUAGGUUUUACUUUAUUAGUAUGUAAGAUUCAUUGUCCAUUUGACUUAGGAGUAAGUACAUUCAGCAUGACAGGAUUAGAUAUUAUAAUAAAUGAUAUAAACUCCGUCUCAA